AUGCCGGAUCCCAAGGCUGCAACUGAUGCUGCGACGGCUCCUCCGAUAGCAAUCACGAAGAAAGACGGUCCUGCCGACCAAAAACUCAAACCAAGGCCUAAACCACGAGACCCAGUUGGCCCCAAAUUGAAGGUGGUCGUACGCCGUCUCCCGCCUAACCUUCCUGAAGAGAUCUUCAUAACCGCAACAGACGAAUGGGUCAACGAAAAAACAACAUCCUGGUUCCACUACAUCCCCGGAAAACUAACCGAGAACCCCAACAAACAAUCUCGCUCAAGCCGCGCCUACAUCAAAUUCCUCACUCCCGCCCACAUCACGACCUUCCACACCGCCUUCCAUAGGCACCUCUUCAUCGACUCCCGUGGCCGCGAAUCCCGUGCCCUUGUCGAACUGGCCCCCAACCAAAAAACCGCCCGCACCCGCAGCGGGAGGGCGAAAGAUAACCGCUCCAACACACUUGAGGAGGACCCGGAGUUUAAGGCCUUUGUGGAGAGUUUGAGUGAGAAAGGGAGUGGAGUACCGGCUGUGGAGAAGGAAGAGGAGAGCAAGGUUACGCCAUUGAUUGAGUAUUUGAGGGCGCAGAAGGAGAAGAAAAAGGUGGCGAAGGAGAAGAGUCGGGAGAAGGAGAAGAAGAGGAAGGAGAAGGAGGGUGGGGUUGGUGCUGCUACGGCUGAGAAAGGUAGUAGACGGAAGAAAAGUGGAGCGCCUGCUGCUGGGGAUGGGGCUGCCAAGACGAACGGUGCGAAGGCUGGACAACAACCCGCUACAGGAGACGCCACAGCACCCAAAUCUCGUCGCUCCAAACAACGAGCAGCGAAAGCCGCAGCUUCUGCAACAGCCGGUGACACCGCCACGACCACCCCGCAACCUUGCGCGCCUUCGACGAAUGCGCGGAAACCUGCACAGAAGCAGCCCAAGAUCGUGCAACCACCGCAGAAUGGGGUGGGUCCGCCGAACGCGUUGAUGCAAGCUGCGAGGAGGCCGCCAAAUGCGCUGGCGGCUCAGGCUGGUGGUGGUGGGCAGGGAGGACAGGGACAGGCGCAGGGUGGUGGACGGGGAAGGAGGGGAGGUGGUGGCGGUGGUGCGGCACAGGGGAACCGACAACCUCCCACGCAACCUCAGGCCAGUACACAGCAACAACACGUACAACAACCACCCACGGGCCCUGCUGCUCAAGUCGCACAACGCGGUGGCCGUGCUCCGGCUCGUGGUGGCAUGAACCCUCGAGGUGGACUAGCCAUCGGAGGAGGACGUGGUCCACCCGUCCCAAUAUUAGUCGCACAGGCACAGUUACAGGCCUUACAGAGUGGCCGCGGAGGGUUUGCGAGAGCCGGCUUUGGGCCCGGAGGUCGUGGGGGAAGGGGAGGCGGCAGAGGAGGAGGGAGGGGUGGGGCGGUUGUGGGAGGUGCAACGGGUGCACCAGCGGCGCCGCAAGGUUGA